AUUGUCAAUCAUUCAUAAUUCAUAAUUUCAUAAUUCAUAAUUUAUCUUUUUUUUUUUUCGUUUUUCAUUAAUUAAAAAAUAAAAUAAAAAAGAAAUGUUGUCAGUGAAUAAUAUGUUAAACCACCACCAGCAACAACAAAAACAGCAGCAACAGCAAUCUACUACUAGAACGACUUAUAAAAGACCGGCCAUUUUAGAUAUCCAUACUCUGCUCAACAAUAAUGAUAAUGAUAUCAAAAGCCCUUUAUUAUCACCUUCAUUGACUUUAUCGUCGUCUUCUCCUACAACCAGUGUUUAUUCUGCUUAUUCAACAACGAGUAACACCAACAAAAAGAAAAGGAAGAAUAGUCAUGAUUCGUUUAUAUCUUCCUGCUCUACAUUGACAACGACAUCUACAGUAACAACACCCACUUUCUAUCACCACACUCAUUCUAGAGAGGAGAGCAGUGAUAACGAUACGGAUGAGGAAGAUCGGGAGGAGGCGGAUGAGGAGGGUCACCACCAUGAGCAUCAUUUGAAAGCGAAAAGAAGAAGAGCCAACACAAAACAACUAGAGGUGUUGAACAGAGUGUUUGAACGCACCUUCUUUCCGUCCACGCAAAUGCGCGCAGAAUUGGGCCGUCAAUUAGGCAUGAGUCCACGUACAGUGCAGAUCUGGUUUCAAAAUAGACGUCAAGCUAUGCGUACGAGAGAGAAGCAAAAACUGAUAAAGAUGAACCGUCCGCAAGAAAAAUAAUUACUCUUUCUUGCUUAUAGUCUAAUGUAGUAAAUAAUAUAAUAACAGACUCCACAUACCCCUAUUAUACCUUUCUUUCAUAUUUUUUCUUUUUUUUUUUUAAUAUACGCUUGUUCACGAUGAACAAAAAGAAAAAUUUUCCCUUAUUUGUCAUUGUCAUUUUUCCUGUUUCUGAUCCCAGGGAGGGGGAGACAGUAUUUUUUUGUAAAUAAAAAAAAAUUAUAUUUCGGACUUUCAAUAAUAUGAAAACUGUGUUUGCAUUUUCAAACAGAAUGAUCCAAUCUUCUUCAAAUGGGGUGUCUUUUUGUUUUGAAGUCCGAUUGCCAAGGUUUCAAUUGGGAAAAGCCAAGCAGAAAA